AGACGGGGCCAGCAAAGCCAUUUAAUACCUAAUACAAGACGGGGCGGAUUUCCCACGGUGAAUCCCUCGACAGACGUCCCCCAGGGGCCUCCAGCAUGUAGCUACGAGCUCGCCACUGACUCCCUUCUCUACGUGACGGUGACGAUAAAACUCGCCGAGUGCAAUAGGACAGGGGGACAGUGGCGCGCAGGGGCCAGGACGCUGGCACCACCGCUCAGCGGUGGCCUGGGGGAACACCUGGAUGGGGGUCGUCAGCCUAGGUGGCUGCCCCGGAACUGCUAGAGGAGUUAAUUAUCUCUGCAGCAUGUCGGUCAAACACAUUCUGAUUAAAAUCUUGGAUGAGCUGAGUGAGGAACAGUUCAAAAAAUUCAAAUGGUGUCUGGAGGAUGGAGAUGAUGGCAAGAGAAUAAGCCAUCGCUAUUUGGAAGGAGCCAGCCGGCAAGAGACCAUUGACCAGAUGGUGAGCAACUUUGGAAGUGCCGGUGCCGGGGAAAAAGCCAGGGAGACCCUGGAAGCCGUACCUAGGAAAGAUCUCGCUGACAAGCUCAUGAAGAAAGUCAAAGACACACUGCGUGAAAUCCUGGAUGAGUUGAGUGAGGAAAACUUCAAUAAAUUCAAGUCGUGUCUGGUGAAUGGAGUUGAUGACAAGAAAAUAAGCCGUCCCUCUUUGGAAGGAGCCAACCGGGAAAAGACCAUCGAGAUGGUGGACCACUUCGGAAGCUUUGAUGCCCUGGAAACAGCCAAGAAGGUCCUGGAAGAUAUGAAGGUCGCUGGCAAGCUCAUGAAGAAAGUGCCAGGUAGCAAAACAAGCUCAGCAGAUGAAAAAGGAGGCGCUCAAGGGGACAAAGGAGGAGGCGCUCAAGGGGACAACGGAGGAGGAGCUCAAGGGGACAAAGGAGGAGGAGAUGAAGAACUAAAAGUAAAACUGGGUGCGGUUGUGGUAUCGUUUGGUGUAGGAAUGCUAGCAGCAGCAGCAAUAGUUCCGUCAGAAAUGGUUAUUCUUAUAGCAUUAGGAGCAGCAGGACUAGGAUUUUUGUGUGAGAAAUUGAGAGGUCUGUGAACUUCCCUUUGACUUGCAAUGAGACUUCUCUCUCUCUCUCUCUCUCUGUUUCUAUUGUGUCUAUUGUCGUUAUGAAGGUAGCCUCUCUGCUCAGGUCUGAGACCUUUGCCCAGGAACUCCUGUUGGAUUAAAGUAAUAAUUAGAACAUUUAUGUUCUGGGAAGAUGUGAGAAAGUAUGGCCCAGAACAGACCCCGGAGCUGGCCUGACCAUUAGAGAGUUAUAUGCCUCUCAGCUUGCUGAGUUUGUGCUAAUUGAAAUAUGCCUGUCAGUUUACAACAGAGGUGGGCAAACAGUGGCCUGAGAGACAAAAAGCCUGUCCUAAAGUGCUAAGAUUACAGCUGCUGUUACAAAGGUUUUCUUAAACCCAGGAACAAGAUUUGUUAACCCCCACUCUGCACGUUUAUCCUGCUUGUUUUCUUUGCAUGUGUAGCAAGUGCUAUGAACAGGUUUAGUGAAGCCUGUCAUGCUCCAACAAUUAUAGGAAGGUUAUGUUAAAGGAUGGAGAGAUAACAAAAUGUAGAUGCGAUAGGAAGCAUGUUAAGUGAAAUAGAGCAGGGCCGCCCGGGGGGGGGGGGGGGGCAAGUGGGGCAAUUUGCCCCAGACCCCAGGCCCCACAGGAGCCCCCAUGAGAAUAUAGUAGUCUCUAGUAUUGCAACUUUUUUUUAUGGAAGGGGCCCCCGAAAUUGCUUUGCCCCAGGCCCCCCGAAUGCUCUGGACAGCCCUGAAAUAGAGUGUGGUCACAGAUGUAUGUUUGGCUUGAAUGGGCAAUAAAAGGUUGGAAGUGCCAGCUUUAGAAUUAUAACUCCAGGAUCGUUGGGCCGAGGACUGUGUUGGGUGAGAUAACUGGAUAACCCCGAGGGCAAACCGGAAUCCACCCCCAACUGCUCCGAAGAACUGAACAAGAAAACAACAAACUGUCCUUGUUGUACAAGCUGCAUGACUGAUUAUCACUUUAGACGUGAGAACAGUGCUUGACUAUCACUUCAGACGUGAGAGUAGCAUGACCAAGCAAACUUCAUAGGCUUGUACGAAGAUGGAUUCCUAUAAAGACAGACUCUAAAGACAAAGGACUUUGAGUCUGGUUCUGCAACUGCAACCAACCUCCAGGAGCAUCAGAUGCACAUCUGACAAGACUCGGUUUCAUCCUCGUGUCCAAGCUACCUGGCCAGUGACUUGGCACGAGCAACUUCCAAGCUGGUAACUAUAACAACCCUGCAGAACUUGUGUGUGUGAGUGAAUGGAAUGCUAUAGCUAAAACUGAUUGCUGAAAUCUGAUCCUUUCUGUAUUCACAAUAAACACGGCGUAUUGCCUUAUCCCCUAAAUAAGAUCCUGCUGGUUUUCAUUUUCUAAGUAUAACACUUCAUAUCCCGCCAUGCUUUGAAAACUGCAGUCGAGGCGUCUCCACUGAGCUGAGCUGUGACUCAAGGGGUAUUAUAAGAAAGCCCGGACCAGGCGUCCGUCUCAUCCGGUCUCUGACCAUUCCAGUGGCCGCUCUCAGAGGAAAGUAAAAUCUCCCCCUUUCCCUCAACUUAAAUUAAACCAAGGCAGCUGCCUUGAAGCCAAAAUAAGUGUCCACGUGAUUUCUUUAAGCCAGUGCAAGUUUUAUCACUCUCUGUGCGGCUCCCUCCCGACUGCGUCUUUGUCUCUUCAGCAUCACGCUUACUCCCAGGCCGUCUUCUGAGCGUCCCACAUUUUCUCUGCUAAGUUGCCUCUUUUUUCUUCCAGUCCCUUCUUAACACCCACUUCUUUCCCGACACCCCUCU